CUGUAGAAGGAGCAGAGACACUCCCAAACUUACCACUCACUGGCCUACAGGCAUUUGAAACAUGUUAACAUUUAAGUAAGAAGAGAGAGGGAAAGAGAGGGAGAGAGAGAGAGAGAGUCGCUCAGAGUGUAGAGAUCCUCAGAGCUUGAAUCAGUAGCUCUGGCCUGUCAACAGGUGGCACAGGCAGAGAUUUGGUGAGUGACCUUCAGACUUUCAAAGAAAAGAGACAAACAGAAGAUAAAGGAGGGGGAAAUUUAACAAAUCGUAAAACGCAAUGAGCGCUGGACUCCUGUGGAGGGCCCUAUGCCUGCUGAUUAUACUUUGCACUGUGUCACACCAUGUGCGCUGCACAGACAACCAGCCAGAUUCCUCUGGCACAGAGCAGGGACUCACCUUCAGCCACAUCUAUAAGCUUGACAUCCCAGGAAGCUCCAGUUGCACCGUGGAGCGUCUGCCAACACACAAGACAGCUCUGCAACAAGAUACCAUAACCAAUGGAGAAAACGACAUCACCUUUAAACACAACAUUAGGCUGCAAACACCCAAGUGUAAUUGUGAGGAAUCGGAAAGCUUCAAAGACCUACUGUACAGAAUCAACGGACUGGAAGAAGAAGUCACCUACCUAAAGACCCAGUGCACUCAAGGAUGCUGUGGAAGAGGAGGUGUUGCAGGUGUAGACACAAGCUGCAGCGGUCAUGGUACCUACCAGCAAGACACCUGCAGCUGCCUUUGUAACCCAGGAUGGGAAGGCCCUGACUGCUCCGUGUCCUCCUGCCCUGAUGAGUGCAACGACAAUGGCCGAUGUGUAGAUGGGAAAUGCGUUUGCUAUGAGGGUUACACAGGAGAAGACUGCAGCCAGCUGACAUGUCCAGGCGACUGCAAUGAUAAGGGGGAGUGCAGGGAUGGAAAAUGUGUGUGUUUCCCUCAUUUUACCGGUGAAGACUGCAGUACCCCGACGUGUCCUAAUGACUGUGGUGGCAAUGGGCAGUGUGUGGAUGGUCAAUGCGUCUGUGAAGAAGGCUUCUAUGGAAAGGAUUGUUCUCUAGUCCUCACACCUCAGGGUCUGAGGUUGGUCCAAGUGACGGAUGUUUCUCUCCUGGUGGAGUGGGAGUCCGUCCAAGGGGCAGAGUAUUACAUGCUGACCUAUCAUCCUAAAUUUGAUGAGGGUGCCAAGGAGGAGGUUCGGAUUUCCAACUCGGAGAAUUCCUACCUCAUUACGGGACUCGCACCCGGAGUUACCUACGUUGUCCAAGUCUACGCUGUCAUCAAAACGAUUCAGAGUGAAGCAGAUAUGAUUGAAGCCACAACAGAUGUCUCAACUGUUGAUGAUAUGCAAGUCAUUGGCCAGACAGAGGUUUCCAUCCAAGUGGACUGGAAGAACCCGCAGGCAGAAGUGGAUUACUUCAGACUGACACAUACUGACCCGUCAGGACAGGAGGAGGAGCUGAACGUUCAGAGGAGUCAAGAAGCACGCACCAAGUACACUAUUGUGGGUCUAUAUCCCGGAACAGAGUAUCAAAUUUCUGUGCAGUCCAUCAAAGGGAACACCAAAGGAAAAGCUUCUUUCGCAACCGGUGUCACAGACAUCGAUGCCCCAACAAACUUUGUCACUACUGAAGUAACUGAAGACACUGCAACCGUCUCCUGGGAUAAAGCCCAGGCGGAAAUCGAAGGCUACAUGUUGAGCUACACGUCUGCUGAAGGCUCCAGCUCGGACAUCUUUGUAGGGCGUGACAGCACCUCCUACAGGCUGGUUGGUCUGAGGCCUGGGGUCCUCCACACGGUCUACAUCUGGGCCUUCAAGGGAGACAAAGUCAGUGGGAAGAGUUCAACUGAAGCCGAAACAGAGUUGGAUGCUCCUACUAACCUUUCAGUCGAAGAUGAGACAGACUCCAGCUUCAGAGUUUACUGGGAUCCCACCGAGGCACAAAUUGAUGGCUACAUGCUCGCCUAUAGCUCCGCUGAUGGGUCCAGGGAGGAAACCCAAGUUGAAUCUGGAAGCUCUUAUGCGCUCACUGGCCUUAGGCCAGGGGUCGUCUACACUGUCUACGUCUGGGCUGUCAGGGGAAGCAAAGCCAGCAGGAAGACCUCAACACAAGCCGAGACAGAGCUGGACGCCCCAGCUAACCUCGUAGCUUACGAUGAAACCGAGUCCAGCUUCAGCCUUUCCUGGGAUCCAGUUCAGGCAGAAAUUGAUGGGUACAUCCUCACCUACACCUUCCUUGAUGGAUCUAGUAAAGAAAUCCCUUUGGGCCCCGACAGCACCUCUUAUUUGCUGACUGGUUUAAGGCCUGGAGUCCUCUACACUGUCUACAUCAAAGCCUCGAGGGGAGACAAAACCAGCAGGACAAUAUCCACACAAGCUGAGACAGAACUGGAUGCUCCAGCUAACCUCAUAGCCAGAGACGAAACCGAGUCCAGCUUCAGCCUUUCUUGGGAUCCAGUCCGAGCAGAAAUAGAUGGCUAUAUCCUUACCUACACCUUCCACGAUGGCUCUAGUAAAGAGAUCCUUGUGGGGCCUGAUAGCGCCUCUUAUGUGCUGACGGGUUUACGGCCUGCGUUCAUCUACACUGUCUACAUCAAAGCUGUGAGGGGAGACAAAGCCAGCAGGACAAUUUCAACUCAAGCUGAAACAGAAAUCGACUCCCCUAAGGACCUAAAGGCUUCAGAUGUGACGCAGGAUUCAGUUUCCUUGACUUGGGUUCCUCCUCUGGCCGACAUCAAUGGUUAUGUCCUCACUAUUAGAGACGAAGAAGGAAAAUUACAGACUAUUGAAAAUACGCUCGCCUCCAGCAAGAGACGCUUCGCUGCGUCCAAGCUGGAGAGGGGAAAGAGGUACAUUGUCACCAUUUAUGCCUUUAGAGGCAGCAAAAGGAGUAAGGUGGUGGAGACCUUCUUCAAAACAGUUGCUCUGCUGUACCCCUUCCCUAUGGACUGUGGACAAAUAAUGAAGAACGGCAAUAAAAACAAUGGUGUCUAUACUGUCUACAUUAAUAAUAACCAAUCCAAGCCAAUACAGGUUUACUGUGACAUGACCACCGACGGAGGCGGUUGGCUGGUACUUCAGCGGCGUAACACUGGGAAUCUGGACUUCAUGAGACGCUGGCGGCAGUACAUAGCAGGCUUUGGCAACCUGACAGAGGAGUUCUGGAUUGGUUUGGAUAAGAUACACGAGCUAACCAACACUCCCACGCAGUAUGAGAUCAGGUUCGACUUGGGCCUGGGCUCAGAUAGAGCGUACGCCGUUUACGACAACUUUAAGAUCGCUCCGGUCAGACAGAGAUUCAAGCUCACCAUUGGCAAAUACAGAGGGACAGCAGGUGACGCCAUGACCUACCAUCAAGGCCGGCCCUGGACCACCAUGGACUCGGAUAAUGAUCUUGCGUUGACUAACUGUGCCAGGACCCACAAAGGAGCUUGGUGGUAUGCAAACUGUCACUUGGCCAACCUUAAUGGUAAAUGGGGAGACAACGCACACAGUGUGGGAGUCAACUGGGAGCCAUGGAAAGGACAUCUAACAUCCCUGGACUUCACAGAGAUGAAGAUCCGACCGGUGGGAGCGUUGUCCAGCAGAAAGAGGCGAUCGCUGAUGGCCAGAGAGGGAAAAAGUAGAGUCUCAAACGGCUACAACAAAUAGGAAAGCGGCCAAAAACUGCAACAGAAGCAGUCGGCACCAUCAACCUUUGAUCACACUAGAUUUUGGUGUUUCUGUACAAAUGUAGAUAGACCACACAAGGAUUUUGCAGACGUGUGCUUCAAAUAUUGUAUAAUUUUUGGAGAAGGAUGAGCAUAACCAAAGCAACCAAAAAUAACCCGCAGUAACUUUGAUUUUGUUUGUAAACAAAUCAGAAAGCCCCGGUUUAGUGUGAUUGUGGGGGAAAAAAAUGGUCAACAAGAAACUCGGUUGAAUGAAGUCGCAUGCUACGUGGAAGAACAUGCAUUUGUAGACAAUCAUGUCUUGCUGUUUUUUUAGACAACCUGACUAAAAACCUGAAAAAAAUAUAAUGCCAAAUAAAGUUUUUCUUUUAUCUCCUAUUAUUAUAUUAAUCUUAACCCUGUUUUAGAGUCAUAGCUACGUUCCAAUUUGAAUUACAUCCUCUGGGAUAUAAUUCAAAUAUCCAGCAUCCAAAUAAGCAGCGUUGCUUGUGUGUUUAAUGAAUGGCUCAUUUGUCAGCUGCUGAAGCAUGUGCCCUUACUCUAUUGAUUAUGCUGCCACUGUGCAUCCAACACUGUCACAUCACAUAAGGCGGUAUGACACAGGCCAGAAAAUAACAACUGAUUGCAGCCUCGAAAAUCCAAAUUGCUCCUGCUUUACAUUCAUAUGACGGGGGACAGCUCGUAUCAAUCAAUGUGACGUGUCCCCAUCAAACGUCAAUAACAAUGACAUUUGUUUGUGCCGCUCUCGAAAACCGAAUGACCAAACUCCCGUUUUUAAUCUGGAAAGCUGACAUAUGCUAUUAAUGUUGCGCUGGCUCCUACUCUGCUUAAUUAGAUUUUCUUAACACUUUUAUCACAAACACAGUUUAUGUGACAAGGACGUAGAGCACAUCAAUCAGCUUUUCAGCCAAUCUGCCAGAAUGGAUUUGAAGUUGGUGAACUUUAUAGGAUUUUUUUUUUUUUUUUUAUGCUGCAAAGCUUUUCAUUUUAAAAUUUUGUAACUAAUUAGAAUUAUUGAACAUUUUCAAACCAGAUCCUGAUUAAUAAUAUUUUCCUUACUAAUUAUGUUUUCAAACUGACAUUAUUAAUUCUUUUUCACUGUAGUGUCACAAAAUAAAUCUGUUUUAAUGAG